UUUUCCCCCUCGACAGCUGAUCGCUCGGUCGAACCAGAGUGCGCUGGUUUCAGACUCUGUGGCCGUCACGCGUCACCUAUCCGAGACACUGCUACUACCAGGAGUUCUCUGUACAUCACUUUUACGGACAUUUCUCCAUUACCGUGAUGAGCUGAGAGGAUUGUCGACAUUUCUUCUUGACUUGUAGUGAGAAACAAGGCGACAUCGUGACCCGUGAGAGGAUGGUGAGAACAACUUGUCGAAGAUGCCUCUGGACGAAACCACUCCUCUUAUUCCUCCCCCGGUCUCGCGGUGGCAGCCCCAGCCACAGAAGAAACGCUUCAGCACAAAAACUAUUGGCCAUAAGACCAACCUCGGCUUCAAACCUGGCGUGAGGACUAAGCCACGCCACGUCUUCUCUUACCGCCAACCGCCGCCGCCACCCCCCACUCCGCUCGCGUUUACCUUACCUUCAGAGGAAGAGGAGGAACCACCCAAGCGGUCACUAUGGCAACUGUUAGCCAAUGGCGGCAUCAUGUUUGGGGUAGAAUUCUGCUAUGCAUUAGAGAUGGCGCUAGUGACGCCCAUCCUACUGCAGCUGGGGGUGCCUGAGGAGUACUACACGUUUAUCUGGUUCAUAAGCCCGGUUCUCGGGUUCCUGGUGCAGCCGGUACUCGGCUCCUGGAGCGACCGUUGCACGGCGAGAUGGGGGCGGCGCCGCCCCUUCAUCCUAGCUUUGUCAGUAGGGAUCCUGGUCGGGCUGGCGCUGAUGAUGAACGGUGAAGACAUCGCAAACGCCACCUUUAAGGACGGUCAGACUGCGACGUACGGCGCCAUUGUACUGACGAUCCUCGGGAACGUCAUGCUGGACUUCUGCGCGGACUCGAGCGACAGUCCGUCCCGGGCCUAUCUCCUGGACUCCUGCUGUCAGGACGACCAGGACAGGGGUCUCAGUCUGCAUGCCCUGAUGGGAGGUCUUGGAGGAGGAGUAGGCUAUGUGGUGGGAGGGGUGGACUGGGACCAGACCAUUCUCGCUACGUGGGUGGGGUCCGGCCAGCGCGUUGUCUUCACCUUUGCAGCUGUCUCCUUUGUGUUGUCUGCCAUUGUGACACUGUUCAGUAUCAAGGAAAUUCCUCUGGAAAAACAGGGCAAAACUGACGUGAGCUCAUCAGAUCAUGUUAACAAUCGCCCUGAUUCGGUCAUGAGUGAUGUGACAUCUAUCUGCUCUCUCACACCUACAACACCUUUAAGUUUAACCACCCCCAUAUUCAACUAUGGUUCAGUCCAUUCAAUAAACCGAGUUCAAUCACCGAAUGAUGCCAACAGUCAUCACACCAGCAAUGACGGGAUUGCCUCGGCGAAUUCUGAAGAUGACACCGUGCCAGAUCUGAUGCAAUUUCAGACGAAAACACGUAAAGAGCAGAGGCACAUGGUGACCAGCUCUUACCGGCCGCUGCGCAGAACUCAAUCCAUGCCGGGCGAUGAAAUAGCAAAUGUGCCAAAGUACGUCGAAGAGGAGAAGUACUUUACAGACGGGUACGUAAGCGAGGAAGAGGUACAAGAAAACUCCCGCAGAAGAGAACAGACAAAUAAUAUACCUCGCCCUAACAACUUAGAUCUAAUAGAUGACAAUUAUCCACACAGUGUUAGUUUUAAUGAGGAAGUUACUACUUUAUUGCAAAGCAAUGGUACGAUACGUGCAGAUAGCAGAGAGAGUUCCGACUCAGAUGAGGAUGAAAAGGACGAUGUUCUGACAGUGAGAAUGCUGUACAUGGCCGUCAUCAAGAUGCCCACAGUGUUGAAGAGACUGUGUUUCUGUCACUUUCUAGGAUGGCUGGCUAUGGAAGCAAUCCUGAUGUUCUUCACAGACUUUGUGGGAAAGACAGUUUUCCACGGCAGUCCCACGGCAGAUCUGGGGACUGACCCUUACCAGAACUACAGCCGUGGUGUAAAGAUGGGCUGCUGGGGACUGUGUAUCUAUGCCUUCUCCUCUGCCAUAUACUCAGCCCUUCUAGAUCCACUGCUGGAUGCAGUUUCAGUUCACUCUGCCUACUUCUUCGGGUACCUGGUGUUCUCCAUCGCUGCAGCUCUGUGUGUGAUGUUUCCCAACACCUACGUGGUUCUUAGCAUGUGUGUAGCCUUUGGCAUCAUGUUUGCGACCCUCUGUACCCUACCCUACACCGUACUGUCAGAUUUUCAUCAGAAUGCAGAGUUCAUACAGGACAGUCCAGGGAGCAGCAAGCGAGGGUUUGGUCUGGACACCUCCCUCCUCAGCUGUCAGAUCUUCCUGGCGCAGAUCGUGAACGCCGCCUGCCUCGGACCUCUCAUCUCCGUCACCGGAACGGUCAACGCCGUGCUUCUGUUCUGCUCCGCUGUCGGGUUUGUCGGCUGUUUCUGGAACGCGCUGUUUGUCGUGUACGAGUUAACAGGGAAGGACGAGGACAUUGAAGAGAAAAUUCAACCUGUCGUCUUUUGAGAAGACUCACCCUGUCCUUGAUCUAAAAAAACUCUUGCUUCCCAGCAAAUGAAACAAGUUAUUCUGGAACACGCCGUUUGUUGUGUACGAGUUACCAGGAAAGGACGAGGACAUUGAAGAGAAAAUUCAACCUGUCGUCUUUUGAUCUCCAAAAAAAAUAGUUGCUUCCCAGCACUUGAAAUAAGUAAAAAUCGCUGCUUGGGACUGUUGUGAAUAAUUUUUGUCGCAUGACAAUCAUAGUUUGUCACUUGCAUGGUGUAAACAAAUGUCCAACUCUCACUUGUCCGAGAGGUAAAAUCGCAACAGAAAAUAUAUUUUCCUUGUUACAGAUUACUAGGAUAUCCUAUGAAUCACCUUACGACUUACUGUAGGUUUAGUGAAGUUGUGCAUUACAACACUAAGUGUUGACACAGAUCAUUCCAUAUGUUUAAGAAUGUGUACAAACUUUCAAAUGUCAAAUUUUAUCCUGGACAUGCACUUGUAACUGUAGAUUGAUACUGUACAAACUUUAACCUGAACUAUCAUGAUACCAUGUACAGGGUCUCCUGGGAUUUAAGAGUCCCACAACUUGAUAUAGGAAUCUUUUAUAACCUUGUAAGAGUUAUCUGCCCAAUCUGUAACGCUUUUAGAUGAUGAAUUCAUCUAAAAUGUUGAGUUAAGCUAUGGAGUCCAUCCUGACUUAAGUCAUGUGAUGAAUAUUUAAGAUGCUACAAGAUGCAUGCUCAGUGAAUUUUAAGGGUUAGCCAUUGAAACAAGGGGCUGUUAUAUUGAAUUAUUACAGGAAUAUGAUUAUGCAAAUUAUAUCAAAUGUGCAAUACUACUUGUAUAUUAAAAGCAGGGAUUAACUUUGAAAUUUAAUUGUGAUAAAAUAGGACAAAUCUAAUGGUAGUUCCUGUAAAGUUGAGAAAUGAGUAUAUACUAUGUUGCUUUAGUGAUGUUUUCUGGUUUUUGUAUUUAGGUAGAAUACUCAACCAAGCUUUUAAAACUAGAACUGUGCACGUUCAAAUGCCAGGAUGAAGUAUAUGCAAUACAAGAAGUCAAAAGAUUUUUCUGUAAGGAAGUUCAGUGUCAUGGGAAAAUGCCUGUAUAGCAUUAAAGUAAUCU